CAGUCCCAAUCUAUAAUUUGCUCCUAUUCUCUCAGAGAAUCAAAGAGAAGAAAGAGAAAAGGAGAAUCGCACAACACCUAAAAGGUACAUUUUUUUGCUAUUCGAAUCAAGGUUCUCCCUCAAUUGGCUCUGCGAAGAAAGCACUUUUAAAAGAUGGCCGAUGGUGAGGAGAUCCAACCACUUGUUUGCGACAAUGGAACAGGAAUGGUCAAGGCUGGCUUUGCCGGGGAUGAUGCUCCAAGAGCUGUUUUUCCCAGUAUUGUGGGACGCCCUCGUCAUGCUGGUGUGAUGGUUGGUAUGGGGCAGAAGGAUGCCUAUGUUGGUGAUGAAGCUCAAUCAAAGAGAGGUAUCUUGACUUUGAAGUACCCAAUUGAGCAUGGUAUCGUCAGUAACUGGGAUGAUAUGGAAAAGAUUUGGCAUCAUACUUUCUACAAUGAGCUUCGUGUGGCUCCAGAAGAGCACCCUAUCCUCCUUACAGAAGCUCCACUCAACCCCAAGGCGAAUCGUGAAAAAAUGACCCAAAUCAUGUUUGAAACAUUCAAUGCCCCUGCUAUGUAUGUUGCAAUCCAGGCUGUUCUAUCGCUAUAUGCCAGUGGGCGUACUACUGGAAUUGUGCUGGAUUCUGGUGAUGGUGUCAGCCAUACUGUUCCUAUCUAUGAAGGUUAUGCCCUUCCACAUGCCAUCCUCCGUCUUGAUCUGGCAGGUCGUGAUUUGACAGAUCAUUUGAUGAAGAUAUUGACUGAACGUGGCUAUUCAUUCACCACUUCUGCGGAGCGGGAAAUUGUGAGGGAUGUGAAGGAAAAACUAGCCUACAUUGCUCUUGACUUUGAACAAGAGCUUGAGACUUCAAAGACUAGCUCAGCCAUAGAUAAAAGCUAUGAGCUGCCUGAUGGUCAAGUGAUCACUAUCGGUGCCGAGCGCUUCCGCUGUCCAGAAGUCCUAUUCCAGCCGUCAAUGAUCGGGAUGGAAGCUGCUGGCAUUCAUGAAACGACUUACAAUUCCAUCAUGAAGUGUGAUGUUGAUAUCAGGAAGGAUCUUUAUGGAAAUAUUGUCCUCAGUGGUGGUACCACAAUGUUCCCAGGCAUUGCUGACAGGAUGAGCAAGGAAAUUACAGCGCUAGCUCCAAGUAGCAUGAAGAUUAAGGUGGUGGCUCCACCCGAGAGGAAAUACAGUGUGUGGAUUGGAGGGUCCAUCUUGGCCUCUCUCAGCACAUUCCAGCAGAUGUGGAUAGCAAAGGCAGAGUAUGAUGAGUCUGGCCCUUCCAUAGUUCACAGGAAAUGCUUCUAA